AAGACAAAGAAUUUAGAAAAAGUUUUGUUCGUCUUAUUUACCUGCAUAAGAUUGCACUUGAUGGAUACAAAAAAGCUGAUAAAGAAGUUAGAAGUUUACAGUUAUUAACAACUAAUUUAGAGCAAGAGAGAAAUGAAUUGCUUGAAAUAAAUAAGCAAUUGGAAGUAAAGUUAGAAGAAAAAGAUAACAGAAUAGAAGAAUUGGAAGAGAGAGUAGAAAUAGAACAGGAAAUGUCUAUGAAAGCAUUAGAUAAAGCUGAGGAAUGGCAUGAGCGAAAAAACUUUGAAAUAGCUAUGCAGAAGGAUGUUUUUAUAUUUAGCCAGCAACAGACAAUAGAAAAAUUGAGAAAGGAUUUAGAUGCCAGAGAUAAGAAAAUAGCCAAAUUAACGGAACCUAAGAAGUUCCAACAACUCCGAAAGUUAGCAAAUAAAACUAAGGAAAAAAUUAGCACAAAAGUUAAUGUAAUUAAAGAAAGUGUUAAGGAAAAAGAGCAAAAGAUUCUUGAGGUAGCAGAAGGAGAUAAACAAGAUUGUAAUUAUUGCUCAUUCAGUUUUCGAGAUUUUCGUUUUAAAGACAAUCUUACUCUCAACAUUGCUACUCACCAAGUAGCAGCAUUCAAAAAUAAUAAUGAUUAUGCUGACAUAGCUUAUAUUUGUGCUGAUUGUAAAAAAGAUUUUGAAAAUGAUACUCUUCCUUACUGUGAACUUUGUGAUAGACUAAAGAGAAAUAGGAAAGGUUGCUUUUGUAAUCUGUUAGAGAAUAAACCAAUACAAUCACUUUCUACAGAAGAAAUAACAUCUAGAACUUUUGGUUAUCAUUUAGAAAAGAAAACUAGAGAACUAGAAAAAGAACUAUCAACUGCUAAAGAAGAAUUAAAUAUUGAGAGGGAAGAACGAAUUAAAGAACUAGAAGCAGAGAAUGCUAAGUUAAAAGAAGAAAAUAAACAAUUAAAAGAGCAACAAAAUGGUCAAGUUGCUCAAAUUGAAGUUAAAGAAAAUAAGAGAUGA